CGUCAUGAACCCCUCGAUGAUAAUCAACCAUGGAACAAUCAGAUUUUCUUCCUUGAUAUGGAACAUAUAUCUGGAGACAAGGCAUCGAACGGUGCUGAAAAUUCCCUGAAUGUCUUUGAUGAGAACGGUUUGUUACUAUUCUUGAAGCCUUGAUUCAGUGCAUGCGUCUGGAGAUCACCAGACAUUUCCGAUAUGAGACAAACAGAUGGUCGUAAUAAAAUUCCCUACCAGGGCGAACGACACCCUGUGGAGGCCGACUUUGUCAGUGUACAGUACUUGAUUGCUGUAUCAAACCACGAAUCUAAUCCGAGGAACCUACCCGAAAAAUUGAAGUACAUCCAGGAAGAAAUUUCGGACAAGCAACCACUCAACCUUCAUUUCGCCAACAUGUCAAUCGACGAGAUCCAGCCCCACAAGAGCGGCGAAUGUAUCGUUAGUACCGAACUAAACGCAACCAAGUUUCCACAAUCAGAGAGACGCGAUCAUUCUGCAGCCUCAAAUAGCCAUAUCCGAAGACCACUUCCACAACAGCCACAACGAUUCAUACCACGACUUGGGCAUCGAUUUCGACGGCUUCAACUAUUCAUGAGAUGGUUCUCUCGCUCAACGGCGAUGCUCAAGCGAUUGAUCGCAGCCACGGACAUAUUUGCCACUAGACGAACAUGUCGCCUUCUCCGCUGUCUUUGAGCUUGACGUGUUGAUCUAGGACAAAACCCGCACUGGAAAGGCUGAUUGAAUUGCGUGGCUGAUGACGAGAGGGUUUGCGCAGCACGAACUUCAGAACUUAAAACGUUCGAGGAUUAUUCAAAGAUGUUGACAUAGCGAUGAGAUACCCGCAGAAUUUGAUCGGGCAAGUAUCAAGGCUUUGUCCUCGUUUAGUUU